CUCAACACACUGUUGAUUUGUGGUAACUUAAUAGGGAAGAUUCGAGUCAGUCAAGAGCAUAGAGUUCAUAAAUUCAAGAAAAAUUAUCUCCUUUUCUUAUCCCUAGAAGCUUGACUCAGUGUGAAAAAUCCUGAACAUGGGAGGAGGAGCGAUGAGCAUAGACCUUCCUAUGAUUCAGUUCUCUUCUGCAUCAAACCCUCCCCACCUCUCUUCUCUGGCUUCUUCCAAUCUGAACUUUCUAAAUUCAGCCAAUGAAAUUACUGCUCCUCUCAAACAAUCCUGUGCUGCUUCCUGCUCCUCCCACGCUAACACUUGUAGAAAACUAGAGUCUGUAGAAGGAACAGGAGAUAAAAGAGCAAGUGGGUCCUCAUAUAAUACGGUUUUCUAUUCAGUUCCAUCAAAAAUCGAAGUCCAAAAUUCAGUUGCCGCUCUUCAGAAUUUUCUUCUUGGGAUUUCUUCUGCGUCUUCUGGACCAGAGUUGAAGUGGCUCCAACCACUGCUGGGGAGCUGUGAUCUGCUAACUCAAGUCUAUGGGAUGGCUGUCGAUACUUUUCGUCUGCUGCUGACUGACCCAUCAGUCAAAAGAUUGGCGGUUUCCCUAUCAUCUGAUGAAGCAGUUUGGGACGCUGUAAUGAACAAUGAAUUGGUCAGGAAGCUCCGUCACUCACCCUUUCUAGCUGGAACUCCAAGGCUCGUGUUGUCAGAUAAAGAGCCAAAUUUAGGCAGUGAUAUCUUGAGGUGGAUUUUAGAGAUUACAAAAGCAAAAGUUAUGGAACUCAUCGACAAAUUCCAGUUGCUGAUGAAUGAAGUAUUUUCUCUUGAUGAUAAGGGAAAGGCCAGUGAAGAAACUCUAGGGCCAGGCAAUUUGGAGGACAAAUUGAGGUCAUCCUUGCUUCUUUCCCUUGUGAUCCUCUUGAUUGUGAUUCUGGGUCGCCUUCACGGGGCUUGAUUUUAAUACAAAGUCAUCAUUUAUUUAUAGACGUAAAGAUUCCCAGGGAAAACACGAUGUAAUUCACUCCUUAUGAAUUUAUUGUUUGUAUUUCAAACCCAUUGGUUUAUUGUUUGUAUUUCAAAGUGAAAUCUACUCUCAAGUUUAGCAGUGA